CUAAUCUUGAAAAAACAAGCCACAAACAAAUUGCAUGGCAAAUUCUCCCUAAUCGACCUUGCUGGAAACGAACGUGGUGUGGACACGAGCAGUUCCGAUCGUCAUACACGAAUGGAAGGCGCGGAGAUCAAUAAGAGUCUACUUGCACUGAAAGAAUGUAUUCGUGCUCUUGGACGCAAAGGUGCCCAUUUACCCUUCCGUGCGAGUAAGCUGACCCAAGUUCUGAGGGACUCAUUCAUCGGUGAUCGAUCCAGGACAUGCAUGAUUGCUAUGAUCUCCCCUGGAAUGUCCAGUUGUGAGCAUACGUUGAACACACUGCGCUACGCAGAUCGAGUCAAAGAACUUGGACCGACCAGCCUCUCUGCUGGGAACAGCAACACGGAUCUGUUACCCUCUGCCGCAAACCGAAAUGGCAUCAACAACCGCGCGGCAACCGGCGCCGGCACCGCCUAUGGGGACGUGGGAAAUAUACCUGCUCAGCAUGGGGUAAGCUCCUCACGAAACAACUACUUGGACCCAGCUGGGUCGGGUCUGGGCAAUGGCAAUUGGACUGGGAAUAGCACACUUGUGAAUCAGACUGCGCGUAACGGUCUAUCAGAAGUGGAUGAUUUGGCCAUGCUGAGUGCUUUCCUUAUCCACAUUGCUCUAGUUUGCGAGCCGAUGUAUGGUGCACCAACGACUAGUUUUUCAAUCAAUGAUUUCGCUUGUGAGACUGCUGUUAAAGAUGGGGAAAUCACAGAGGAGCUUUUCACAUUCCAAGAAGUGGUCACUCAAAUCGAGCGCAUGGAAGAAGAAGUUUGUGAUGAUCAUAAGGCCUUGUGUGACGCUAUGACCGAUUGGACCAAGGAACAUUUCCGCCUGUACAAAGGAUCCAAUCAGGUUGAGUUUGAUGUCGAAGUUUUGAUGCACUCCACACUUCGACUCAUCGGUCAUCAUGAAAAAUCGCUUAUUCAGUUGGCUCAUCAUCGGUUACGCAAUCCAUCUGUUUGCGCACGUUAUGAGGCAGAGCUUGAACAGGAUCUAGGGACAUUGCGUGGUGGUGGAGUAGAUCAACAGCGGGACCAAAUCAGACGAGCAAUGCAUUUAGCAGCAAACUUGGUUUGUGAGUCCAAGUCGGAAGUUCUUCGAAGAUAUUGGAUCUCUCAAGAGUCAUUAAUUCUGAUAGACCAAAAGAUCUCAAUCUCCCAGGACCGAACAAAACCACCGGUUUCUGCAGCGGCAGCGGAGUUAGAGCCUUGA